AUGGAUAAUGGGAGAUCCUGGACCGGGACGAUGGAAGUUCAUCCAUCUAUUCAGUCAAGUUCCAGUGGUUUGGACAUCCAUCAGCCGCUACUGUUGCGAGCGUUGAACACACCAGAUGCGUCUAUUAGCUCACAUGGUUCCGAAAUCUACAGCGGAUCAGCACGUCGCUCCAGAAUCGUGUGGUCAGCGGGGACUGUCAUUAACUCGGCAAUGGGUCGGCGGAAAGUGAAUUGCUGUGGAGUGUAUCCCGAUAUUGCCCUAGAGAAUUACCUGGCAUCCGACCUCGAUUUUUCCUCUUCUUCGUCAUCAUCAUCUACCUCACGCACCUCAACACCCGUUGGUUAUGGUGAAAAUGAAGACGCUCCAAAAGUCCAUCUGUGUUCUGCUAAUUGCCCUGGACAUCCGCCAGUCGCACUUCAACAGUCGACUGGGGGCCAAACGUCAAUCCCUUACACAUCCGCAGUCCAUCCGACAAAUAUGCCUGAUAUGGAUAGCACAGAUGUUCGUUUUGUGGUGAAACCCUCGAAUCUAAUUUCAUCUGAACAAACCUCAGUAACGAAUCUGGAAGCCCACAGCUAUCAAUAGGAAUUUAGUGAGAGCAAAAACAAACCCAAGGAGAGCGGAGAGGGUUUUGUUUCCGAUUUAUAAGCUACGCCCAUGCAUAUUAUUUUCCCUGGUACAACAUGACGCGAAAUAUGCCGGUAUAUUUCGGUCCUCGUUUCCAAACUCUUCAAAUGUUAUAAUUUCUCAAGGUUAGGAUAUCAUACAAAUGGUAAAAUUUGCGCAACGAUUCCUCCGACCAUUCGGUUGCAUCUUAUUUGGAGUAAAGUCAGAUGUUCCCGAAGCGAUGUUGGAAACGCGCAUAUGAAGUAAAAAUCUGGCUUUGUUUAUAUUAUCGCUGCCUGCUUUCGCGUAUUACAUUGCAAUAGGGUCGGACUUUCCGAUUAGAUGAGUUAUGCUUGACAUCACUGCUGUGGAGAACAAGAAUUACCUACUUCAUUACUGUUCAUAAACCCAAUUGGUAAAUGCUAAAGUUCUGAUUGAUCAGACCAGACGGCGUCAAGUAACAAAUCUCUCAUAUUGAUUUCAUGUGGGCGGGUAAAUUGAAGUUAAGAAUAGAUCACCUGUUAAGAUUAUCCACUCUCCCCCCAACAUUCGAAACAAUUUUUACAAGAGUGGUGCUAACGUCAACUCAUUCGACAAACAGGCCGGAGUCUACGUGGAUGUCACUGGGUAUAAAUCUCAACACGAUGUAACUAACGCCCGUGCUCCCUUCGCCGCAACAUAGGACAGAAUGCUGUUGCAAGUUCGUCGCAACAACACAGGUGCCGCCUCAACUGUCGCCAACAAUGUUAUUUUGUUAAUAGUAUCCCAUAACUGCUAACAUAUUACACAGGAGGUCGCGGUCACUGCACAUCUGUUCCGUAGCAGGAUCACACCACUUGUCUAUGUGUAUCCAAAGCGCCAAAAUGUAGACUGGGUAGCCAUCAAAUAUGUUUUGGUUAACAGGA